CCUUGUGAGGAUGGAGCCCGUUAAUUUUGAGCGACACAACUGAAUCUGAUUUUAAUUUUCACUUUGCAUAUAAACUAAAUCGUGCUUUGAGCUGUCAGAUUUGGUCAUCGCAUCAAAUCUUUUUUUUUUUUGGUGACACUUCUUCCCCGCCUUCACUCGCCUCAGCCAAUGAUGUGCUGGCGUCCACUGGAGGAUGAGGAGGAUGUGAGGAUGAAGGAGACUAUUUAUCAGUGACUGUCUUACAAGUUGAGGAGUCUUGUGGAGAUGCUUCAGCCGCAGGUGCACAUGCUGCUGCUGGUUCUGUUGUCCAGUGGGCUGCUGGUGCGGGUCGGCGGUGCGGACCUGAUGGCAGAGACCCUCGAAGCGGACAUGGCACUGGACAAGGCCUUGGCUCGCUCCUUACUGCUGAGGCUCGUCUACCAACUUGCGUCCAGAAGAGCGGAGGCGAUCCCCUGGUUGGAGGGCGAGCUGGGUGUGAAGGUGGGGGUGAUGCGGCGACACCUCCCGCUCUCCCAGAGGGAACGCAAGGCAGGCUGCCGCAACUUCUUCUGGAAGACUUUCACCUCCUGUUGACUGUCAAUUGAUUGAUGCUUUGUUGUUCUUAUUGUCUGUUUUACAAGUGGCAGGGAUGUACAGUCAAAUCAAUUAAAGGUGUGUUUAA